AUGCGGCAACUCCUUAGUACCCGAGUACUUGAUGACGCCAUCCUCCCCCAGCUGUGGUUCAAGCGUCUCCUUCCACGCAUCCGAGAAGUUUUAUCCGUCCUCUCCAACAGUUCGUUGGAUGAAAUGUCAAUGACCGCGGAUAAAAUGUUCGAAGCAAAUCCAGCUUUGCAACACAUUACCGCUUGCUCCAACCCAACCCGAUGCACUGGUAUCCGAUUUUUGAUCGACACCGGUGCUGAACUGAGCGUGAUUCCCCGUAGGAUACACUACCGUCACCUUCAACCAACCGCUGUCACCCUACAAGCAGCCAACAGUAGUCGCAUUCACACCUACGGCCGUCGCUCCAUCGCCGUCGAUCUUGGUUGA